GUGAGGUGCGGGUUCCCCCCCCCUCCAGGGCAUCAGUUGGGUGCGGGCUCUGGCUGGCACCGGGCGAGGCGAGGCGAGGCAGCGCAGCCUCCAGGUGCUGAGAAUGAAGGUUCUCAUUUAAAAAGCAUCCAGCCUGUUAGCGCCCCAAAGCUGCCCUUUGGGUUUCCAGUGCAUCCUCCCCACACCAAAAAGAGCUAUUCUGUAAGCAUGAAUCAUCCCCAUUCUGGGUUCCUUGCAAAUUACAACAGCUUAACAGACAAGCAUCUUGCAGGCUAUUUCAGCAACACCAGGAUAAGACGCCAUCUGCGGAGGUCAGGACUGGUCUCAAGAAGUGGAAAAAUAAUAUCAGACAAGGAAUACCGGUUAAAUGCUAUGAAGAAGGAUCAUCAGAAGUAUAUACGGGAAUGCUUGGCUCAGGCUAUUUUCCACAAAGCUCUUGAUAUGGAACGACAUCAUCAGGGUGACGUAAAAAAAAAAGUUGAGAGUUCGGCAAGGCGAGAGCGGAUCCAGAAAACCAAGGCGGAACGAGUGAAAAAGGCAGGAGAUGGUUCCCAUCACUUGCUUUCCCCACAUCCACCCACUGUACCAAGAAAUCGCUUUGGGCGGCGCAAAUUGGGUGAGAGAGGACCAUCAAAUCACACGAUUUCUUAUCCUCGACCAAGCACUGCUCCAGGAAACAUACAACAGCCACUCCGACUUCAGCCCCUCUAUGGAAAAGUCAUGACUGAAGGUUCAUCAAAGACUUGUUCGAGCUCCAGACCAAAGUUUCUCAACGUUGACAAAGAAUAUCAUUUUACUAGCGAGGGGGACAAAGGGAUGUUAAGGCCUGUGCAUUCAAUGGAUUUUUCAGUUGAUGUAUCCCCAUACAGACUUCCCAUUAUUAACAAUUAUAUGAUACCUAUUCCACAACCACCCAGAAGUGAAAAAACUAUCAUCCCCAUGAAACCUGUGGGAAGAGGUCGACGGUUUCGCCCUACAACUUCGUCAAAUGGCCUGGAGCAGUUGCUAAUGAGGGACACUGGAAAAUUCUACAAGCCUCAAAUACACAGCAAUGCAUAUGUUACCAUGGUCUAUUUGGGAAAAACCGUGCACCUUUCGUAUGACCUUUUAGAUUAUCGAGAGGAAAUAAAAAUUUACCAACAGCAUUGUGGAGGAGAAAACCUAUGUGUGUACCGAGGCAAACUGCUGGAAGGAGAAAUGUUUCAGUUCAUCUCUAGGAGGCAUUAUGGCUUCCCCUUCAGUCUCACCUUUUAUCUGAAUGGAAUUCAGGUUGACCGAUUAAGUUCUUGCUGCGAAUAUAAGCAUCGGAAAGGUACUCGGCUAGGAGGCAAACAUGGAUACUUUGGUUUCGUCAAUGUCGAAAGAUCAUCUCCUUGUUAUAG